UUCUUCGAGGAUUCAUUCAGUAAUCGACAGUGAAAGAGCCAAGAGAGACAGAGAGAGCGAGGGGAUUUUGUAGCGUGCAAGGAGAUCGAUUUAUAAGCUAUGGAUAGAGAAUGGGGCUCGAAGCCAGGGAGCGGAGGCGCCGCCUCGGGCCAGAACGAGGCCAUCGAUCGCCGUGAGCGUCUCCGUCGUCUUGCUCUUGAAACAAUAGACCUUGCCAAGGAUCCCUAUUUCAUGCGAAAUCAUCUUGGAAGCUAUGAGUGCAAACUGUGUCUAACGCUGCAUAACAACGAAGGAAACUACUUGGCGCAUACUCAAGGUAAGAGGCAUCAGACAAACUUGGCAAAGAGAGGUGCACGAGAGGCCAAGGAUGCUCCUACUAAGCCACAGCCACUCAAGCGCACUGUCACAGUUCGCAAAUCAGUUAAAAUUGGUAGACCAGGGUACCGGGUUACAAAGCAGUACGAUCCCGAGUUGAAGCAAAGGUCUCUCUUGUUCCAGAUUGAAUAUCCUGAAAUAGAGGACAACAUCAAGCCAAAACAUCGUGUGAUGUCUUCAUAUGAGCAGAAAGUUGAACCUUAUGACAAGAGAUAUCAGUACCUUCUGUUUGCAGCUGAGCCAUAUGAAAUCAUAGCCUUCAAGGUUCCUAGCACAGAGAUUGACAAAUCAACCCCAAAGUUUUUCAAUCACUGGGAUCCAGACUCAAAGAUGUUUACUUUGCAGGUGUAUUUCAAGCCGAACAAGCCAGAACCAAUCAAGCCUCAGUCUAAUGUUGGAGCAAAUGGCCUUCUGCCGCCGCCACCACCACCACCGCCUCAAGCUCAACCGCCACCACCUCCUCCAUCUAGCUCACUGCCGCCGCCACCACCUCCAAUGGCUAAUGGUGUUAGGCCUAUCCCACCACCUCCCCCACCAGCUGGAGGUUUCGGACAUCCGAACAUGUGAAAGUGAAACUAGCAAUGUUAGAAUCAACUAUAAACAGUUACUCUUACAUGGUUUAUCUUGAGAGAAAGUGUGUGCUCUUUGACCGAGGAAAAUCAAUCUAUUUUGAGUCUUGACAAUGGAUUCUUAAAGCGAUGUAUUAACUCUCUUGACACGUUUUGAUUCUCUGUUUUUAAAAUGAAUUGUCAAUUUUGUUUUGUA